CUCCGGGCGGCGGAUCCUCGCGGCCACCGCGCGCUCCACCGUCGUCGCUGCGCAGAAGGAGAGGCUGCCCGGCGCCACCGCCCGCAGGAGCAGUCCCCUCCCCGCGGGAGCAGCCCCCCAGGGAUGCAGCCGCUCCGUCCGCCGGUGCCCGGGCCUCUGGCUCUGCUGGACGCGACAGAAGGAUUUGAGAGAAGAAAGAAGACAUGCUUGUGGUUUGUGGGGUCUCUGCUGGUGGUGUCCACCUUCAUCCUGACCAUUGGCCUUGCCGCCACCACCAGGACGGAGAAUGUGACCGUGGGGGGCUACUACCCUGGGAUCAUCCUGGGCUUCGGAGCUUUCUUGGGAAUCAUUGGCAUCAACCUGGUGGAGAACAGAAGGCAGAUGCUGGUGGCAGCCAUCGUGUUCAUCAGCUUCGGGGUGGUGGCCGCCUUCUGCUGCGCCAUUGUGGACGGCGUAUUUGCUGCUCAGCACAUUGAACCCAGGCCCCUCGCGGCGGGAAGGUGUCAGUUUUACUCCAGCGGAGUCGGAUACCUGCACGACGUCUACCAGACGGAGGUCACCUGUCACUCCCUGAGCGGAAGGUGUCAGCUGAGGGUUAGAAGCAACACCUGCUACUGCUGUGACCUCUACAGCUGUGAGAGCACUGAGCACCCUCCCCUCUACUACGAGUUCGUGGGCGUGAGCAGCUGCCGGGACGUGCUCCACCUGUACCGGCUGCUCUGGGCCUCGGCGGCACUCAACGUCCUGGGCCUGUUCCUGGGCAUCGUCACUGCGGCCGUCCUGGGGGCCUUCAAGGACGUGGUCCCUCUGUCCCAGCGGGCCUAUGGCCCACCCGCACCGCCCCAGAUGCUCUACAACCCCACCCAGCAGGUCCUGGCCUACUCCGGCUUCUGCCCUGCGCCUGCAGCCCUCCCCACCUGCUCAUCCUUCCCGCUGCCUCUCCAGCCCUCCAGCGGCCUCCCGGCCUUGCCCAGCGCUGACCUCUCUGUGUCUGAGGACACACAGCCUCCGUCUCAGUCCAGCUCCGGCUGUGGGGGCCCCCCCAGCAUGCCCCCUGUCUAUGCUGCCACCCACGUCCUCCUGGGGGAGAAGCCGCCCCCUUAUGCACCCUGACCAGAGCCGGAGAUUGAGCAAAGUCUCCUUGGGGUUGUUAGAAAACAAAGCUGUGUCUGCAAGCCCUGCUUCCAUGGCCCAGCCUCCUGGACACGGCAGAACACCUUCCAGAGUCUGAGCCCCUUCCCUCCCGGGGUGCAUCACAGGGGCACAGAGCCCCGGGGGCCGUGGGCAGCACCUCCAGGUCAGCUGCACACCAAACUGCCGGGUCCCCAUGAGGGCCCCUCGCUCGCUGACAAAGCAGCUUCACACCCUCCUGUCAUCCUCACUAGUCAUUGCGUCAUUUUGCGAAGGGCACGUGGCCCCGUGCUGUGAGAGCAGGGGCUCUUGGAGGGGACAUGCUGUGGCUGUGUCUAUUGGUCGUGUCCCCGGGGACACGUCUGCUCCAGUGACCGGACUCCUAGAUUCACACAUAAACGCUGUUUCCAAAGCCUGCAAGUGCCUGGGGUCCGUGCUCCUUUCCAAACGCCGACCCACUGAGGGGACGUCUGCUCCCUGUGGUUGCCUGUUUCCUGUGUGAGGCACCUGUCUUCUGUGGAGUGUUUUGGGGGAGCCCGGCCUGCUCUGUGGGGCACCCCGAAUGGGCUUCCCCCAGCAGCUGUGCCCAGUACAGACCUGAAGCUACUACCCCAGACCCCCGGGCACCUGCCCACUGCCAGACACACCUGAGGGAGCAGGUGAGCACGGCUCUGCACAGUCAAGUCCU